AUAGACAGUAUCGGGUUGGGAAAACAAGGGAAAGCAAAUACAGAGGAAAAGAGAGAGAGGGGUUGGGGAUAGGGAGAGAGGGAAGAAGAGAGAUCUAGCGAGAGAUGAGAGGGUGAAUAAGAAUAAGAGGGGAAGAGAGAAGGAAUUUAAGAAAGUGAGGGGGGACAUUCUCAAGUUCUCCUGUUUUUCCUUUGCCUACUUAUAUGGUCAAACCAUGACGGUGGAAUCAGUGGGCAAGAGGGGAGUAGGUCAGAACUCAGAAAGAAAGAGAGAGGGAAGAAUGAGAGCGAGAGGAAAGUGGUGAGAAGUGUAGAGGAGAGAGGUAUGCAGUGUCGUGUGCUUGGGACAUUGGGGACUUCCGGCCACACACGCGAACAAACAAACACACACACACACACACACCACUGGUCAGCAGAGUGACAGGCCAAGCACAGAGAGGGAUAUCUCAAGGGUUUAUCAGGGGCUGGACUGCUAACAGCUGCAAAACGUGGGAUUACCGGUGCCAAGAUGACGGAGCGCUAUGACUGCCACUACUGUAAGGAAUCCCUGUUCGGGAAGAAGUACGUCCUGAGAGAGGAGAACCCAUACUGUGUCAAAUGCUACGAGAGCCUGUACUCAAACACCUGUGAGGACUGCAAGAAACCCAUCGGCUGCAACACCAGGGACCUUUCCUAUAAGGACCGCCACUGGCACGAGGAGUGUUUCCAGUGCUUCCAGUGUAAACGCUCUCUGGUGGACAAGCCCUUCUCCACCAAGGAUGACCAGCUGCUCUGCACUGAGUGCUACUCCAAUGAGUACUCCUCCAAGUGCCACGAGUGCAAGAAGACCAUCAUGCCUGGCUCCAGGAAGAUGGAGCAUAAGGGUAACAGCUGGCAUGAGACCUGCUUCACCUGCCAGCGUUGCCAGCAGCCCAUCGGCACCAAGAGCUUCAUCCCCAAGGAGAACCACAACUUCUGUGUGCCCUGCUACGAGAAACAGUUUGCCAUGCAGUGUGUGCACUGCAAGAAGCCCAUCACUACUGGCGGGGUGACCUAUCGCGACCAGCCCUGGCAUAAGGACUGCUUCUUGUGCACCGGCUGCAAGCAGCAGCUGUCUGGCCAGCGCUUCACCUCCCGUGACGACUUUGCCUACUGCCUCAACUGUUUCUGCAACCUGUAUGCCAAGAAGUGUACUUCCUGCACCACCCCCAUCAGCGGUCUGGGUGGCAGUAAGUACAUCUCCUUUGAAGAGCGUCAGUGGCACAACGACUGCUUCAACUGUAAGAAGUGCGCCGUCUCCCUGGUGGGCCGGGGUUUCCUCACCGAGCGUGACGACAUCCUGUGCCCCGAGUGUGGCAAAGACAUCUGAUUGGCAGGCAGCGAGUGGCCGACACGUCUGAUUGGAUAGUAGCGAAACAACCAGGAAGUAACAACGGCCUAUCAGAGCACAACUGUAUAUAUAUACACACACAGUUGAAGUCGGAAGUUUACAUACAUCUUAGCCUAAUACAUUUAAACUAAAUCCUAGUAAAGAUUCCCUGUCUUAGGUCAGUUAGGAUCACCGCUUUAUUUUAAUAAUGUGAAAUGUCAGACUAAUGGUAGAGAGAAUGAUUUAUUUCAGCUUUAAUUUAUUUCAUCACAUUCCUAGUGCUUCAGAAGAUUACAUACACUCAAUUAGUAUUUGGUAGCAUUGCCUUUAAAUUGUUUAACUUGGGUCAAACAAUUCGGGUAGCCUUCCACAAGAUUCCACAAUAAGUUGGGUGAAUUUUGGCCCAUUCCUCCUGACAGAGCUGGUGUAACUGAGUCAGGUUUGUAGGCUUCCUUGCUCUCAAACGCUUUUUCAGUUCUGCCCACAAAUUCAGUUCUGCCACUCC